CUCUUUUCUAGCUAUCAACGCCUAUAUCUGUAAGUACUGAUUACGGACGCUAUUUUAACGACAUUUUUCUUUAUUUCCCCCCGCUUUUGUUAUCCGCCAAAAUGUCCAACCAGCGAAAGAAGUCGCUCCUCAUUGGGAUCAACUACACCGGGACCAAGAACGCACUCCAAGGGUGCCACCAAGACAUCGACAACAUCGCUGAGUUUCUCAGCUAUCGCGGCUAUACGGACGACCACCGCUCGCGAAUCGUUCUCUCCGACCUCCGCGGAGUACCAUACGACUCACCGUACUACCCCACAGGCCACAACAUCCUCGCAGCAAUGGACUGGCUAGUCUGCGAACCGAACUCCACGCUCUUCUUGCACUAUUCUGGACACGGCGGCCAGAUCCAGGAUGUUGAUGGAAACCGCUCGACUGGUCUUGAUGAUUCGAUUGUGCCGAUUGACUUUGAGGAACGUGGACAGAUUAGCAGUACCUUGCUUCAUGAGCACCUGGUCACGCGGAUGGCGCCGGGUUGCACUCUUUUCAUUGUCAUGGAUUGUUGCCACUCAGGCUCCGCUGUGGAACUCCCGUUCGUGUAUCGCAGUGAUUCCGAGGGCCAGAUCAACCUCAUGGAUAACUUGAAAGCCGGCGCGCAGCUCGUCGGCCAGGCUUCAAAUCUCAUUCAAGGCGGCUUCUCUUACGAGAAAAUUGGCGAAGCGCGGGAACUUUUUGCUGGCGCCACGAGCUUUUUCCGCGGACUAAAACAUAUGGGUGAGCAAGAGGAGGAGGGGUUGGCGGGUGGGGAGUUUGCGGGUCAGUAUGGAAGUGAGCAGAAGAUGGUGACGAUGUUUAGUGGGUGUAGGGAUGACCAGACGAGUGCGGAUGCGAGGAUUCAGGGUCAGAGUACUGGGGCGAUGACGUGGGCUUUCUUGGAGACUAUGAAGCGGGACGCAAAUCCCUCGUAUGUGCAGGCGCUGCAGACGACGAGAAAAUUACUGGACCAGAGUAAGUAUUCGCAGAUCCCACAGCUGAGCUGCGGCGUCGAGAUGGAUCUAGAAAAUACGCCAUUGAUACUCUAAUCAUGUUAAAUUUCAGGGAAUAUGGGCAUUUUGAGACCCCCUCCAGACUCAACAUGCAGUUUGGAUACCUGAUGAAAUUAGUCCAUAAAUCGAU